AUGUGCGGCGAGUGUGGAAAGCAGCUAAUCACCAAGAGUCACCUCACUGUCCACCAGCGAACUCAUACCGGCGAGAGACCCUACGUGUGCAGGGAGUGUGGGAAGAGUUUCAUCACCAGCAGUCACCUCACUGUCCAUGAGCGAGCUCACACGGAGGAGAGACCCUUUGUGUGCGGCGAGUGUGGCAAAGGGUUCGUCACCAGGCGUCACCUCACCGUCCACCAGCGAACUCACACCGGCGAGAGACCCUAUGUGUGCAGGGAGUGUGGAAAAGCCUUCACCACCAUGAAUGUCCUCAUCGUCCACCACCGGACUCACACUGGGGAGAGGCCCCACAUUUGCACCGACUGUGGAAAAGGGUUCACUCGGAAAGAUAAGCUUACCCCCACGCCGCACAGGUACAAUGGAGAGCUUGGCCAAGAUAAUGGCCCCACAGAUGGCAGUAGCCACCUCCGUGGAGCACUUGAUGCCCAAGCCAACAUGGCCAUUAUAGUCUCCAAUAGCGACAAAGGCCUUGACCUGGAAUCGCUGACAUUCAGUGACGUGGUUGUGAAGUUCACGCGGGAAGAAUGGGAGCUUCUGGACUGCGCUCAGAAGGUCCUGUACCGGGACGUGAUGCUGGAGAAUUACAGAAACCUGCUGUCCGUCGGGUUCAGCAGGAAGCAGGAACUCCCUAUCCAUCUACGAAAACACACUGGGGAGAGACCCUAUGUGUGCGGGGAGUGUGGGAAAGGGUUCGUCAUAAAGAGUUACCUGGCUGUCCAUCAGCGAAUCCAUACCGGGGAAAGGCCCUAUGUGUGCAAGGAGUGUGGAAAAACCUUCAUCAGUAAGACUAACCUCACUGUGCAUCAGCGAACUCAUACUGGAGAGAAACCCUAUGUGUGCAAGGAGUGUGGGAAAGGCUUCAUCACGAAGGGUCACCUCAUUUACCAUCAGCGAAGUCAUACUGAGGAGAGACCCUAUAUUUGCCAGGAGUGUGGAAAAAGGUUCCUCACAGAUGGAAACCUCACAGUCCAUCAGCAAAUCCACAACAGGGAGACGUCCUAUGCCUGCAGUGAGUGUGGGAAAGGCUUCAUCAGAAAGAGGUACCUCGCUUUCCAUCAGCAACUCCAUACUGGGGAAAAGCCCUAUGUGUGCAACGUGUGUGGAAAAGGGUUCAACACAAAGCGGGAACUCUCUACCCAUCAACGAAAACACACUGGGGAGAGACCCUACGUGUGCGGGGAGUGUGGGAAAGGGUUUGCCUUAAAGAGUUACGUUGCUGUCCAUCAGCGAAUCCAUACUGGGGAAAAGCCCUAUGUGUGCAACGUGUGUGGAAAAGGGUUCAACACGAAGGCAGAACUCCCUAUCCAUCAACGAAAACACACUGGGGAGAGACCCUACGUGUGCGGGGAGUGUGGGAAAGGCUUCACCAUGAUGUCUACCCUCACUCGCCAUCAGCUCUCUCAUACUGGAGAGAAAGUCUAUGUCUGCAAGGAGUGUGGAAAAAGGUUCCUCAGAGAAGAUCACCUCACUGCCCACCAACGAAUCCAUACAGGGGGAAGCCCUUAUAAGUGCAUGAAGUGUGGAAGAGGGUUCUUCAUAAAGAGUUACUUCACUCUCCACCAGGAAAUGCACAACUGGGAGGCACCCUAUGUGUGCAGGGAGUGUGGGAAAGAGUUCACCUCGAAGGGGAACCUUUGUGUCCAUCAGCGAACUCACACUGGGGAGAGACCCUAUAGGUGUCAGGAGUGUGGAAAACACUUCACCAGGAAGUUUAGCUGCAUUUCCCAUCAGCAAACUCAUAGUGGAGAGAAACCCUUUGUCUGCAAGGAGUGUGGAAAAGCCUUCGUCAUCAAGCGUUACCUCACCAUCCAUCAGCAAAUCCAUAAAAAGUAG